UGGAAGUGGAGUAGUUCAGAAUCAAAUGACGCAUCCUGGAAUUAAGCUUUGCAAAGCCACUCGCAGGGAAAGGAAGCAUCUGCCCCACCCUCCCCCACCUCGAUCCUCUGCCUGCCCCCUCCCCCCGUGACGUCACCCUAGCCCUGUCCCGGGGAGCCUGCAAAGCCUCUCAAAUUCAAACUGCUAGACGCACUGCUGCUGCCACCACCGGAUUGGAAGCGCGCGCCCAGGUUCCGCCGUCGCCGCCGAACGCCGACCUGGCCGGCCGGCUCCCAGACCUCCGUACGCAAUCGCACCCCGGAUCUCUGGCGGCUAAGCUUCCCUCGCCCCAACCCUCCUCUUCCUCUUCUGCUGCCUGCCGGAUUUUUAAUUUCUGCGCACCGUCCCCCCACACCACCCCCAACCAAAUUAAAUCAACCAACAAAAAGCAGGGCAUCCCCCCUGGAAGCGGUGUCUUCCUUUACCUUGCUCUCCCUCUAUUCCUGAAGAUGCUAAACUCCUGGCGGAUUGCAGAGGGGCGUCCCGUCUUCUCCUGAUGUGUUUGCCUAUAGGUACCUGGGCUGACACCGAAGGUGCCUAAAGAUGCUGAGCAGCGUUUGGUUCCUCAGUAUGUUAACCGUGGCCGGGAUCUUACAGACGGAGAGUCGCAAAACUGCCAAAGACAUUUGCAAGAUCCGCUGCCUGUGCGAAGAGAAGGAAAAUGUACUGAAUAUUAACUGUGAAAACAAAGGAUUUACAACUGUCAGCCUGCUCCAGCCCCCCCAGUAUCGAAUCUAUCAGCUUUUUCUCAAUGGAAAUCUCCUGACCAGACUGUACCCAAACGAAUUUGUCAACUACUCCAACGCCGUGACUCUUCACCUAGGUAAUAACGGGCUGCAGGAGAUCCGAACAGGGGCAUUCAGCGGCCUGAAAACCCUCAAGAGACUGCACCUCAACAACAACAAGCUCGAGGUAUUGAGGGAGGACACUUUCCUGGGCCUGGAGAGCCUUGAGUACCUCCAGGCUGACUACAAUUACAUCAGUGCCAUUGAGGCAGGGGCAUUCAGCAAACUUAAUAAGCUCAAAGUGCUCAUCCUGAAUGACAACCUUUUGCUGUCGCUGCCUAGCAAUGUGUUUCGCUUUGUCCUGCUGACCCACUUAGACCUCAGAGGGAACAGGCUGAAAGUAAUGCCUUUCGCUGGUGUCCUUGAACAUAUCGGAGGGAUCAUGGAGAUUCAGCUGGAGGAAAAUCCAUGGAAUUGCACUUGUGACUUACUUCCUCUCAAGGCCUGGCUGGACACCAUAACUGUUUUUGUGGGGGAGAUUGUCUGUGAAACUCCUUUUAGAUUGCAUGGAAAAGACGUGACCCAACUGACCAGGCAAGACCUCUGUCCCAGAAAAAGUACCAGUGACUCUAGUCAGAGGGGCAGCCAUGCUGACACACACGUCCAAAGGCUAUCACCUACAAUGAAUCCUGCUCUCAACCCAACCAGGGUUCCAAAAGCCAGCCGACCACCUAAAAUGAGAAACCGUCCAACUCCCAGAGUGACUGUGUCAAAGGACAGGCAGAGCUUUGGACCCAUCAUGGUAUACCAGACCAAGUCCCCUGUGCCCCUCACCUGCCCGAGUAGCUGUGUCUGCACCUCUCAGAGCUCAGACAAUGGUCUAAAUGUAAACUGCCAAGAAAGGAAGUUCACUAAUAUCUCCGACCUGCAGCCCAAACCUAGCAGUCCAAAGAAACUCUACCUAACAGGGAACUAUCUGCAAGCUGUCUAUAAGAAUGACCUCUUAGAAUACAGUUCUUUGGAUUUGUUGCAUUUAGGAAACAACAGGAUUGCAGUUAUUCAGGAAGGUGCCUUCACAAACCUAACCAGUUUACGGAGACUUUAUCUGAAUGGCAAUUACCUUGAAGUGCUGUAUCCUUCUAUGUUUGAUGGACUGCAGAGCUUGCAGUAUCUCUACUUAGAGUAUAAUGUCAUUAAGGAAAUUAAGCCACUGACCUUUGAUGCUUUGAUUAACCUACAGCUACUGUUUCUGAAUAACAACCUACUGCGCUCCUUACCUGAUAAUGUAUUUGGGGGCACAGCUCUCACCAGACUGAAUCUGAGAAACAACCAUUUUUCUCACCUGCCUGUGAAAGGGGUUCUGGAUCAGCUUCCAGCUUUUAUCCAAAUAGAUCUGCAAGAAAACCCAUGGGACUGUACCUGUGAUAUCAUGGGGCUAAAGGACUGGACAGAACAUGCCAGUUCCCCUGUCAUCAUCAAUGAGGUGACUUGUGAAUCUCCCGCUAAGCACGCAGGGGAGAUACUGAAGUUUCUGGGGAGGGAGGCUAUUUGUCCAGAUAGUCCAAACUUGUCAGAUGGAACUAUCAUGUCAAUGAAUCACAAUACAGACACACCUCGGUCGCUUAGUGUGUCUCCUAGUUCCUAUCCUGAACUACACACUGAAGUUCCACUUUCUGUCUUAAUUUUAGGAUUGCUAGUUGUUUUUAUCUUAUCUGUCUGUUUUGGGGCCGGUUUAUUCGUCUUUGUCUUGAAACGCCGAAAGGGAGUGCCAAGUGUUCCCAGAAGUGCCAACAACUUAGAUGUAAGUUCUUUUCAAUUACAGUAUGGGUCUUAUAACACUGAGACUCAUGACAAAACUGACGGCCACGUCUAUAACUAUAUCCCCCCACCUGUGGGUCAGAUGUGCCAAAACCCCAUCUACAUGCAGAAGGAAGGAGACCCAGUAGCCUAUUACCGAAACCUGCAAGAGUUCAGCUAUGGCAACCUGGAGGAGAAAAAAGAAGAGACAGCUACACUUGCUUACACAAUAAGUGCCACUGAGUUGCUAGAAAAGCAAGCCACACCAAGAGAGCCUGAGCUGCUGUAUCAAAAUAUUGCUGAGCGAGUCAAGGAACUCCCCAGUGCAGGUCUAGUCCACUAUAACUUUUGUACCUUACCUAAAAGGCAGUUCGCCCCUUCAUAUGAAUCUCGACGCCAAAACCAAGACAGAAUCAAUAAGACCGUUUUAUAUGGAACUCCCAGGAAAUGCUUUGUGGGGCAGUCAAAAGCAGACCACCCUUUACUGCAAGCUAAGCCGCAAUCAGAACCAGACUACCUCGAAGUUCUGGAAAAACAAACUGCAAUCAGUCAGCUGUGAAGGGAAAUCAUUUACAACCCUAUGGCAUCAAAGGAUGCUGCUCCAAACUGGUGGAAGCAUGGCAUUCGCUUUUGUGUUUGUGUUCUCCCUUUACCAGUGUUAAUGGGAGACUUUGAAAAUGUUUGGGAGAUGGGAUAAAGCAAUGAUAAUGCUUUUGCAAGUUUUCCUUUAAAUUAUUUCUCUCUUGCACUCCCCCUCAAUUUUUUUUUCUCCUUCUCUUAGGAACCUUCAGUGAACAUGAAUGUUUCAACAAUGCAUUUUUUCAUAUAUUUUGUUUAUGGUUUUGUUUUUCCUUUAUUUCUUUUUUCUCCACUGUGGGAGUGGAAAGAGAGAUUACAGGGAAUGAAGAGAGAAUAGGCAACCUUUUCAAAUGAAAAUGGAUAUUUAGUGUAUUUUGUAGAAGAUCUCCAAAGAUCUUUCAGGACUGUAACUUCUUUUGUAAAUAAUGAUAUAUGGUAUUUCCAUUUUCAGUUACCAAGUACAGCCACUGAACAUCACUUCUUUGUGUUAAAGUGCCUUUGCACUUUAAGUACAUUACAUAAAUGUUGCUUUUAGCUUUGAUAAAUAUUGAACAUAUUUUAAUGUGUUGUAUUUUUUAAAUUGAAAACACUGUAAAAUAGAUUGAUAUGUCAGCUAUAUUAAGUUACCGAAUGGUUUGCUUGAGUUAUAGAAAUCAGCUUGUCAUCAAGUGAUUCUAGUUCUAGGACUUUAUAGACGUAACUGUAAAAUACUUCCUUCCUCUGGGUUUGUUUUAAGUGAUUUUAUUUAAGUAAACUAAGGGGAUUUAACAGUGGACUAGAGGCAAUAAGCCACCUCAGUUGGGAUUAGUAAAUUCAUUAAUAAAAUAUUUAACCCAAUAUCAGAGUGAAUUGAACAAUUAAUGCCCUUUCGUAAAUCAUUAUUUUACACUAACAUGGUGUUUUAGAUUAUUUUCCUAAUUAAGAGUACAUUACACAACUUGUAAUAUAUUUUUUCUGCAUUAAAUUAGAUAUUUUUAUAUAUUUAAAUGAAA